AUGGAGGUAAAUUUUGCCGUUAACUGGUUUCACUUGUUCAGGUUCGUUAAUGUUUUAAACAAGAAGGAUAAAAAAAAGUUGGGGAUUCAAUGCAUUUACUGUAGAGACAAACAAUUAUUCAAAUUUAAAAGAAGCGUCUUGUACCACAUGGUGACUUUUGAUCAUGGUCUGAAAUCAAGUGUCAUGGAAGAAUUAAAGCUUAACGAGAAGAACGCAGAUGAGAGAUCAGAGUUUAUUAACAAUUUCAAUGCAGAAAAAUGUGCACAAAGGAGAACACAAAGUGGGUCAGAAAUUUUGGAGAAAACGGGAAUAGGAGAAGAACCCGAAAGAAAACACACAAAGAAGUGUUGUAAUAAUUACGAACUCAUUAAACUUGAAAUAGAAUUUGUGGCAACUUUGAAUUUAUUAACAUGUGAAGAAUUGGAAGCAUUGUUUUGUUUUUUUUUCCCCGAGAAAACGUUUUCAUUUAGUGAAUGUACAGACAAGGAAAUCAUUAUUGAGCACUUUUUACAAAACAUAAGUUCCGUUUCGACGAAGUAUUCCUCCCUGAUUAAGUCGGCAUAUGAUGAACCCAUACUUAACAAAGACGCUAAAUGUGCUACUUUGCAAGAAUACCUGAAUGGGUUAAAUGCUUCGGGGGAAGCACAGAACAGUUGUACGGAUGAACCAAAGAUAGAAGGUGAGGUAGUCUCUCACGAGAUAGACGGCAAAGAUAGAGAGGGUGCAGAAGGGGACACCGGUGGAAAUGACACAAAAAUGGGUUCAGAUGCAGCAGGUGAGAUUACUGCCAUUGAAGAAAUUCCGCAAAAUUCGGGAAAUGAUGAACAUGGAGCGUUGGGCGCAAGGGGGGUCGAACCCAUGCAUAAGGCGACUAAUGUGGCUAACCAGCUGACUUCCAGUGUGACUAAUCAGCUGACUUCCAGUGUGACUAAUCAGCUGACCUCCAGUGUGACUAACCAGCUGACUUCCAGUGGGGCUAACCAGCUGACCUCCAAUAUUGCCAACGAACGAACCGAUGAAGAAGUCGUCAAUGUCGCAAAAAGGAGAAGAACGAAAAAGCCAAAAGGCCUAGAUGCAUGCACAGGACAGCUGAACCCAAAGAAUCAUAUACUGAUAAACAUCAACGAUUGCGACAUUUUAAAGCACAAUGAUAAGAUAUUCAUUAACUUGAGUGCUCUUCGGGAGGUAAAAGCAGACGCGGUACGGAAAAAGGAAAAUGACCCGAUUCUCAUUGUUAGCGGCUCAGGGGAGGCGGGGCACCUGAGCGAGGUAGGCACAAGCAUGGUAGAACCAGGAAAGGUGUGCACAAAUAAGGUGGACAGGAACGACGUAGACCCCACAACUACUGACCCCACAACUACUGACCCCACAACUGCUGACCCCACAACUACUGACCCCACAACUACUGACCCCACAACUGCUGACCUCACAACUACCGACCCCACAACUACUGACCCCACAACUGCUGACCCCACAACUGCUGACCCCACAACUGCUGACCCCACAACUGCUGACUCCACAACUGCUGACCCCACAACUGCAGAUGCAAACGCCAAUGAAACAGCCCACUCGGCAAAGAAAGCCUCACCAGAAGGGAUAAACAACCCUCAAACGAACGCAGCAUCUACUGGGGGUGGCAAUGAGAACGAUGUGAACCCCCCACCCAGUGUGAACAAAAAGGCCAAACGGGGCAAAAAUAAAAAAGACACGAAUGAAAAAUGCACUACGCAAAUGGGUAAAAAGGCCCAAACGGGUGCAAAAAACUGUACGACGCGAAAUAGCCAACCGAAAAAAAAGAUAAAAGUAGAUGACCUACCAGGAAGCAAGUCCGCCCAAAUAAUUUUACCUUCACAAGAUGGGCAAAUGGAACAACACUUAGCGGAGGGAAAGGCCCAAACAGAAGAAUGCAACUCGAAGGGGAUCCUUCUUAACGAGAGUAGUAACAUAAAUGGCCCCCAGGAUGAAGAUAAAGCAAAAAAUGGAAACAACAAUAGGAGCAGGGAAAAUUACCCCCAGAGUAGCAGAAGUCAUAGUAGCACCCCUUCAAGGGUCAUGGACGAAGAAAAAGAAUUUAGCUCUAGUGACGAAUUAGUGCAUGCAAGAAAUAUGGAACAAAAUGAAGACACACAUGACAUGAAUGACGAUACAGUAUAUGUGCAUCACAGCAGGUUAGGAGAGGCACACGAGAAGAACACCGUGCCGUUGGAUCAGGGAGAACUCGUUAGGAAGGUGGUCCCUUUAAAAGGGGUUGCUAAACUGAUGACUGCUAAAAUGAUUAACAGAGAAGAAAAUGUAAAGAGGAAAAAGACAAAAAAUGACGAUGAAAGGAAUAAACCAAAAAUUUGUAAGAAAAUAAAAUGCCCCAUUGGAAAGAAAACCAACUGCCCCACACGCCAUAAUGAGAUUAACCAAAAUAAAAAGACCCCAUCGAACAGUAGAAAAAAAGGAAACAAACUUAACGUGCGGGAGAGGGACAAAGCGCAAUGCGACGCAUCACUUCGGAAUUCUAAAAACUUAAAAGGAGGCAAAUGUGUAAACAAUACAAGUGGUAAGGGGGCGGUAAGCUGUGUUCACAAAAAUAGCAUUACGGGAAAAGUACCUACUAAGAAAAAGCCACAUGUUGGUGACUCCCGUCAUGAUGGGAGCAAUCAUUUGGGGAAACAGAAAUCCAACGCGUCGCUGAAAGAGCAGUUCAACAGCGUAUCUGCAGAGGGUGAAAAUAGACGCAUUUCUGCAAAAAUGCGAAUUAUGCAAUUAUGUAAUAUAUCGACGGAUAACAUAAUUCAGGCUGAUGUCAUGAACUGGUCGCGCACACGUUCUUGCAGACUUGAUAGAUACAGCAUGAGGUGA